CCCAAAGGCACUGGCUUUGUCAUUUUUGCAUCUCCUGAUGAAGCCAGAAAUGCCAUCAUGAAGAUGAACGGCAGGGUAUUGGGAAGCAGGCCAGUGUAUGUUAGUGUGGUUCAGAGCAAGGAGGAACAUGGAGGAAGGCACAGAGAGAGGGCAGAGAGUAGCCUGAAAGAACCCUGUCCAAAUCCACACCAGGCUCAAAAGAAUAUUCAGCCACAGAAUGCAUCUCCAGAAUUGAGGAGAACCAACCAACAGGACAGGAACAUAUGCAGAGUGCAAACCACACUGCAGUCCCAGGAUGCACAGAAGAGUAAGGUGUUUAUAAAACAUCUGGACUACAGUGUGGACGACAGGCGCCUGCAUGAAGCGUUCCUGCCAUAUGGAACAGUCAUCAGUGCAAAGGUGACUGUGGAGAAUGGCUGCUCCCGAGGUUUUGGAUUUGUGAGCUUCUCCUCUCCAAAUGAAGCAGAAAAAGCCAUUAAGGAGAUGAAUGGAAGGAUGAUGGGCAGGAAGCCACUGUAUGUGACUCUGGCUAACAACAAUAAGCAGCGCAAGGCUUCCCUCACCCAGACUGAGUGUACAGGAAGCAGUGGUCCAACUGAGCCACACACAAGACCUCACAGAUUCUUGCAGAGGGUCCAUUCACAUCGUCGUCCCUCUGUUGCACCGGCCACCAGAUAAACCUUUUAAACUUUAUACUUCCUUUUAUCAAUAUAUAUAUAUUGAUUUAUAUUAUUAUUAUAAAUUUUGUUAAAUUUUGU